AGAAGACGUCUAAAUAAUUAUGGCUGCUUUCAGUGGCAGCAGUAAAGUAGUAGAGCUUUCCAAGGCUGAGUACUUAAAACGAUAUUUAUCUCCAGAUGAAGACACCAAGAAGUCGAAAGGCAAGAUUAAAAAGAAGCGACGGAAUAUUCCUGGAAAAGGAUUAAAAAUAGUAGACGAUGAUGUGGACUGGAAACAGAUGGUGAAACAGGAGAAGGAAAUUGAGGAAGACGAAGAUGAGGCUCCUGUGAUUGCUGAAGUGAUUGAUGAUCGACCAGAAGAGGUGAAACAGCUGGAAGUGUUCAGAAACAGCAACAGAUGGAAAGUGAUUGGCGGUGAUGAAAACAAAGUCUCUGAGGCAAAAGAAAGAGAAAGUGAAAUUUCAAAGCCCGAGGCAAUAAAGAAAGGUCAUCAUGGUUCUCCACAACAAUCAUUCAAGAAAAGAAGACAGGAUUCGCAGCUCAGAAAGAAUCAACAUGACUCCUCAGCCUCAUCCUCUCCCAGAAGGGAAUGUUGGGAUUCCCCAGAUGUGUCUCCUCCCAGGAGUGCUCGUCAUGACUCCCCAGAUGCAUCCCCUCCCAGGAGUGCUCAUCAUGACUCCCCAGAUGCAUCCCCUCCCAGGAGGGCUCGUCAUGACUCCCCAGAUGCAUCCCCUCCCAGGAGGGCUCGUCAUGACUCCCCAGAUGCAUCCCCUCCCAGGAGGGCUCGUCAUGACUCCCCAGAUGCAUCCCCACCCAGGAGGGUUCAUUAUGACUCCUCAGACGCAUCCCCUCCCAGGAGGAGCCAUAGUAACUUGGCAGACUUGUCCCCUCUAAGGAAACACUCAGGAAAAUCUUCAAAGUUCCAAAGGGCAGAUUCAUCCCCAGUCAGGAAAAAGACUGGCUCAUCAUCAAGUCAAAAACAUUCACCAGAUUCUCAUCGGUCGCUGCCAGCACGCAGGGAUCAGAACCGACACGAUUCAGACUCUGACCAGUCACCUCCACGAAAAAAGCCACUGAAGGAAGAAGACUCUGAUCAAUCUCCACCAAGGAGGCAGACAAAAGCACUAGGCUCCAAACGCGAUCGGUCUCCCCCCAGAAGACAACCUGUGAAGACUCAGGGCUCUGAUUCAGAUCAGUCUCCACCCAGGAGGCGAAUACAUAGUCCAAAGGUCGCCGAUGAUGACCUGUCACCUCCUCGUAAGCCUGGCCAUUCACAGGGCCAGACAAUGCUUUCUGGGGGGAAGGCAGGACUUAUUUCUGCAGAUGUUCUAAGAAAAGAGCAAGACGAAAGUCGACGCAGGGAAAGACGCAACCUGCCGCUAGAAAAUGAAUCACGCAGUGCUCAGACUGUAUUCCGAGACAAGAGUGGUAAAAAACGAGAUCUGGAUUCUGAGAGAGAAGAGCAGAAGAAGAAAGCUGGAGAACAAGCAGCAAAGGAUGAGAAAUACGCUCAGUGGGGUAAAGGAUUGGCUCAGGCACAGAUAAAUCAGCAGAAACUUGAAGAUGCACUGCACGAAGCGCAGAAGCCACUAGCACGUUAUUAUGAUGACCAGGAACUCGAUCGCAUGUUAAGAGAGCAGGAAAGAGAAGGAGAUCCUAUGGCUGCAAUGAUCAGACGGAAAAAAGAACGCACUGAAAAGUCACAAGAAAAACCUCGGUAUAAAGGGCCGGCACCACCUCCAAACCGUUUCAAUAUUCCACCCGGAUAUCGUUGGGAUGGUGUUGACAGGUCAAAUGGCUUUGAAAAGAAGCGCUACACGCUGAUGUCGGAGAAAAAAGCGAUUCAGGAGGAAGCAUAUAAAUGGAGUGUGGAGGACAUGUAAUGUCAGGCAGAAACACCGCUGCCGAGCUGGACUACUUAAAG